UCCGCGUUGGAGACCGCAGCUCAGCGCAGGCGGCGCCGGUCCCUGCGCCUCCGGAGCCUCCGCCAGCCAGCGCGCCGGGCGGGUAGCACGGGCCAUCUCUCACGGCGACCUACCGCUCGCGCUGCAGGUUCUGCUCCCUGCUGGGAAAACAGCAAAAGAGGGCAAUUAAGGCGCCACCAGCGCCAACAGACUGGCGGACUGUGUCCCAAGAACAGCGGGAGGCGUCUGAGGCCAGUUCACUGAGAAGCUAAUGGUGCAGGCAAGCUAGAAGACUUUGACACAAGGCAAAGGUAGUUUGGACACCCCAGUAGUAACCUGUGCUUUCCUGGUCCAGUCUGAUCCGUGCGAGAUGGACUAAAGCCGCAAUUUGUCUGGUUCUUCGUCUGGGAGUCAGAAGGAGGAUUGGGAUGGUCUCACGUGCACACCCCUAGACUAACUGCAGUGAUGAGUUCAGACGAGAAGGGCAUAUCCCCUGCUCAUAAAACAUCCACUCCGACCCAUAGAAGUGCCUCAACGUCCUCCCAGAGGGAAAGCAGGCAGAGUAUCCACGUUCUGGAGAGGACCGCGUCAUCAAGCACAGAGCCCUCCAUCAGCCGGCAGUUGCUGGAGCCGGAACCCAUCCCCCUCUCCAAGGAAGCUGACAGCUGGGAAAUUAUAGAAGGGCUGAAAAUAGGCCAAACCAAUGUCCAGAAACCAGACAGGCACGAGGGGUUUAUGCUGAAGAAAAGAAAAUGGCCUUUAAAGGGCUGGCACAAGCGCUUUUUUGUCCUGGACAAUGGACUGUUGAAGUACUCAAAGGCUCCACUCGACAUCCAAAAGGGGAAGGUCCAUGGGAGCAUUGAUGUUGGACUGUCUGUCAUGUCAAUUAAAAAGAAAGCUCGGAGAAUAGACCUUGACACGGAGGAGCACAUCUAUCAUUUGAAGGUGAAAUCCCAGGAUUGGUUUGAUGCUUGGGUCUCCAAACUGCGUCAUCACCGCCUGUACCGUCAGAAUGAGAUUGUGCGAUCGCCAAGAGAUGCGAGUUUCCACAUCUUCCCUGCAGCUUCGACAGCCGAAUCCUCCCCGGCUGCUAACGUUUCUGUUGUGGAUGGAAAGAUGCAGCCCAACAGUUUUCCAUGGCAGUCCCCUCUACCAUGCAGUAACAGCCUCCCUGCGACCUGCACAACGGGUCAGAGUAAAGUGGCGGCCUGGCUGCAGGACUCCGAAGAGAUGGAUAGGUGUGCGGAAGAUCUUGCACACUGUCAGUCAAACCUUGUGGAACUUAGCAAACUCCUGCAAAACCUGGAGAUACUUCAGAGGACUCAGUCAGCCCCGAACUUCACCGACAUGCAGGCUAACUGUGUAGAUAUUUCAAAGAAAGACAAGCGGGUCACCAGACGCUGGAGAACAAAAAGUGUCAGCAAAGAUACAAAAAUCCAACUGCAGGAAGGGCCACCUGCGAAGGGCCAAUUCAACACAAUUCGGCGCCGGCAGAGGCUAGCAGCAGCAGUGGCUACAACAGUUCCCUUCAGUGCCACCAUGUCCCCAGUGCGUCUGCAUUCCUCCAAUCCCAACCUCUGUGCAGAUACCGAGUUCCAGACCCCUCCUAGCCACCUCACUGACCCUCUGGAAAGUUCCACGGAUUAUACAAAGUUACAAGAAGAAUUUUGUCUGAUCGCACAGAAAGUGCAUUCUCUUUUGAAGUCUGCAUUUAAUAGCAUCGCUAUAGAGAAAGAGAAGCUGAAGCAGAUGGUUUCCGAGCAAGACCACAACAAAGGCCAUAGCACACAGAUGGCCAGGCUCCGGCAGUCACUAUCACAGAGUGAAGGAGCCAGCAAGUCGUGGGCACUCAACCAGAAUGCUGAGCUCAGGAGUCGGCUGAACAGAAUACACUCAGAGUCUAUCAUCUGUGAUCAGGUUGUCAGUGUAAAUAUUAUCCCUAGCCCUGAUGAGGCCGGUGAGCAAAUCCAUGUCAACCUCCCUCUGUCACAGCAGGUGGCCAAUGAGAGUCGCCUCUCCAUGUCAGAAUCUGUGUCCGAAUUCUUCGAUGCCCAAGAGGUGCUUCUGUCUGCAAGUUCAUCAGAGAACGAGGCCUCUGAUGAUGAGUCCUACAUCAGCGACGUGAGUGACAACAUAUCUGAAGACAACACCAGUGUCGCCGACAAUAUUUCUCGGCAAAUCCUGAAUGGGGAGCUCACAGGAGGUGCCUUCAGGAACGGCCGCCGCACAUGCCUGCCUGCUCCUUGCCCUGACACCAGUAACAUUAACCUGUGGAAUAUCUUGAGAAACAACAUUGGCAAAGACCUGUCGAAGGUCUCCAUGCCCGUGGAGCUCAACGAGCCACUCAACACUCUGCAGCACCUCUGUGAAGAACUGGAGUAUAGCGAGCUCCUGGACAAGGCCUCGGAGACCGAAGACCCCUAUGAGAGGAUGGUUCUCGUUGCUGCGUUUGCCGUCUCAGGGUACUGCUCCACCUACUUCAGAGCAGGAAGCAAACCAUUCAAUCCCGUCCUGGGGGAGACCUAUGAAUGCAUAAGAGAAGAUAAGGGGUUCCGGUUCUUCUCAGAACAAGUUAGCCAUCAUCCACCCAUUUCUGCCUGUCACUGUGAAUCGAAGAACUUUGUGUUCUGGCAAGAUAUCAGAUGGAAAAAUAAGUUCUGGGGGAAGUCGAUGGAGAUCCUGCCGGUUGGAACCCUGAAUGUUACGCUUCCAAAGUAUGGAGAUUACUAUGCAUGGAACAAAGUCACCACCUGUAUACACAACAUCCUCAGUGGGAGAAGAUGGAUCGAGCAUUAUGGCGAAGUGACCAUUAGAAAUACCAAAAGCAGUGUUUGCCUCUGCAAACUCACGUUUGUCAAGGUGAAUUAUUGGAACUCCAACGUGAAUGAAGUCCAGGGCGUGGUGAUAGACCAGGAAGGGAAGGUGGUGCACCGGCUCUUUGGGAAGUGGCAUGAAGGACUCUACUGCGGGGUGGCCCCCUCUGCCAAGUGCAUCUGGAGACCAGGUUCCCUGCCAACCAACUACGAGCUCUACUACGGCUUCACGAGGUUCGCUGUGGAGCUCAACGAGUUGGAUCCUGUGCUGAAGGACCUCCUUCCUCCCACAGAUGCCCGAUUCCGGCCAGAUCAAAGAUUUUUGGAAGAGGGAAACUUAGAAGCCGCAGCCGCAGAGAAACAAAGAGUUGAAGAACUCCAAAGAUCCCGAAGACGGUACAUGGAGGAAAACAACCUUGAACAUAUACCAAAAUUUUUUAAAAAAGUAAUUGAUGCAAAUCAAAGAGAAGCCUGGGUCUCUAAUGACACCUACUGGGAGCUUCGGAAGGACCCUGGAUUUAGCAAAGUAGAGAGCCCUGUGCUGUGGUAAACUGGAGACGUAGAGGUAGCUAACAUACCACACUCCGGAUGAAUAAAUAACUAUGCACAAUUAUGUUUCUUAUAGCUGCGCGUGGUUUCUGGGUCGACUGAAAACCUCCCAUUUGCUUUUCUAUUCAUCUUUAUAAUGGAUUUUCAAAAGUGCAUUAGACAAGGCUCCUAACCACUUUUGGAUCCUUUCUGUUUUGCUGCAACCAUAUUCCUUAAAAAAAUAAAACACAAUUAAAAAAGAAAAGAAAAGAAAACCCAUGCCCUCCUCAGAAAGCAGACUGAAAGAAGGGAGUAUAAAAUCCAAAGGCAGAAGAGCUGGUCAAGAAGAACACACUAACCGGUGCUUCACGCGGAUCGGGGAGUGUAAAAUGACAGUACUGCUACAUGUUUGGUCUGCUGGCUGAAAGCGUCAUCCCCUACCUUAGAGCUCCUGGGCCAGAGCAGUCAGUUAGUUCAGACCCGAAAUGUUUUUCGAUGUGGUGUGCUUGUACCAGCCUCGUCAAAAUAGAUGUGAUGCUUCCGGAAACCCAUCCCAUCUUUACAUUGUUCAUGCCUUAAGAAAUGCAAAGAUGUACAAUAAACCAUUUUUUUAAAAUGUGUGCUCCUAGGUGUAUGUGAAGGACAGAUCGUUAGAAUCCUGGGAUGGAUUCACUUUCUCAGUCAGAACAUUAACUCAGCUGAUAUAAGAAGAUUAAGUAAGGAAAAACCCAUUUUCCUUUGUUGACCGAGUUACCGUGUGGUGGUUCUGAAGGGCAAGAGGGCUAAGGGAUGGUCCUCUAAGGUCUCUGCAUCCAGGUUGCUCUUUAAGUUCCCGUCCCGUGUCCAGAUAGUAAACCAUCCUUCCUUGUUUGACCUCACAGUGCGUCCUGGCAUUUGGCAAUGCUGUAUUUUAUUUGGAUACCUGUCAUCAGUGUUAAAACUUGAUUAGGAAGUAACAGAUGUCUGGAGUUUCUGCCUGGGCCGGGUGGUACCAUGAAGUACUGUUUUUGAGUGGCACACAAGGCCAUACAGCACAUCCCUGAUUCAUGCCCACUCCUUGGCACGGUUCAGAUUCCACAGAGAACAAAAGCCUAUUUGCAUUAUGUAAAUGGAUCCUAUGCAAAUCACCUUCCUUUUCUAAAGUCAAGCAAUUCCAUAUGAUACAGUUACACAGUAAUCAUCUACCUUGCUAAGGGCAGAAAUAAAAAACUUGGCUAAAAAAAAAAUGUAUCCAUUCCAAAGGUGGGGGCGGGCAAGCUGUGUUUUGAAUUCUUCAGGUUUUGUUUUUCCUCCACGGGUACACAGAAGUUUGUGUAGGAAGCUUGCAUUAGCAUUCCUAAGUUCCUGCACGUACAUGACUCUAUAAAUGCCUGUAUGUUUAAAAACUAAAUCUCUGUAGGGGGGCUUCCUAGUGAAUUAGAAAAUUACAUAUAUUUUAUUGUCAGUUAGAGUUUUAUUCUUAGAUCCUCACCAUCUGAAUUUAAGUGUUAUUUUAGACUCUGAUAACAAGGUUAGUAACAUUUUAUAUUUUGUUAAGAAGCACCAAUUUUGGUGUUAUUUCUCCCCAGCAAAGCAUUUCUGAUAAUGGGUAAUUUGCCAUUAAACCCAAAGCUGCUGCUGAGAACACAGAGGCAAACUCAGAAUUUCCACGCUAUUUUAAUUAUCCUAACCUUCUUGCGUCUAAGUCCAUGCAUCAUGUUCACAGCUGGCACUCGUUAGAAUGGACUCUCGCUCCCACUAAUUCCCUAAGUCAGCCAGAGCUGAGCUUCGGCGCACGGCCCUCCCUGCGCUCGGCUCCUUGAUUUUGAACUCCUCUGUGAAAUCUUAGGUGGUUUGCCUCACAAUUGUCAAAUCUUCCACUUGUCAUGGACUAUUUUCUUUUCUUCAUUCAAGCUAAUGUCCUUUUAUCUGUGCACCUUCUUUCGUGUCUAAAUUUAAUUUGAAUUAGGACCUAAUUAGAAUCCUAUUGGCUUCCUCACAGACUGGUUCUCCUCCCUUAGUGGAGCUUACAGUAUGAUUUAAAAUGGGUCUCACCUGUACUUAGUGGCGUUUCCUAAAACUGCCUCACAGUGGCUAGGUAAGAAAAGAACCCUGCAGAAGACAGGUGUGACCAGGAAGGACUGGGGGGUGAGAUGAUCCAGAGAGGAGAGGGGCUGUCAGUUUGACAAAUGGCGGAAGACCAGGAACCACCAGGGAAGAAAUGACUGUGCCCAGGGCUUGUGUUACCUGAGAAGGAGGGAGAAAGAGGAGGUAAGGCCUUUGCUGGAUACAUAAUACGGUUAGAGGUCAAAUACAAACAGGAAACGAUGGUCAGGUCCCACCCUGAAACUAAUUUAGGUUUCAAGAUGAAAAUGAGGCCCGUGUCCUGUUAAUUACAAUCACGUGUUGUGUGUGGUAGCCUCCAUUUUGAAUCUGUUUUGAGAUCCAGAUUUCCGAAUUGUGUGACCAUCCAGCCCUUGGUUAGGCUGCGGAUUGUCUGUAACACCCGAUUAGCUCACUGCCCAAGGGAACACGCGCUGGUAUUGAAGUCACGGUCCCAUCCCUCCUUGUCUUCACACCGUGGUUAAAAAGUUAUGGCCCCAUUGGAAUGUCACUCACAUAACAUUCUGGCUUUUGAAGCUAAAUGGCAAAAGGACAGAAUAUUAGCUUAUUUUCUUGAUAAAACAUGAUGUAUUCCUGGAACUUUACAUAAAUCUUUAGAUUCAUGAAGGCGUUACUGUUUUGCUUUUUAUUACAAAGAUCUAGGAGGGCUUGGUAUGUCUGUGUUCUUCUCCCAAGCUUUAUGCCAAGCUCCCUCCCCUCCAGAGAGAUGUCAUUAGUAACAGCGGUAAUUGGUGGCAGUAGCCUGAGGGCUUGCCCAGACUGAACCGAUCAAUGGUACAUGCCAGCGUUCGCAGAGGCUCACCGAAAACCAAUCAUUUGAUGCUCAGUGCUGCUAACCAAGGUGCAAACUCCCUCUUCAGUGUUGCUGAUGUUUGGUUAUUUCUAAUAGUCAUUAUUUUUCAUGGAUUACUUUAAAACACUGUCCGGUAGUUGUAAAAAAAUGAGAAUUUCAUUUAAGAUACCUUGCCAUUAUCAUACCAGUUGUACGUGAGAGCAGGGACUAAAUGUAAUUCUCUGGCUGAGGGAAACCAAGGGAUUUUUGGUACAGAGGAUGCCAAAUUGUCAAUUCCCCAAAUCUCUUGUGCUCUGGCCUUGUGUUUUUCUGCAUGACCCCUUACCAGUCCCAAGGAGCUUGGAGAGGGAGGGAAGUUACACGGAAGAAAACCUGAUUUGCCUGUUUUGCUUAAUACUAAAGAGUAUUUUUGUUACUCUUUUGUGGGUUCGAGUAUUCAUCUUGUCUACUGCUGGUCUGUCAUCCUCGAUAAUGGAGCGUUUGUGGCAGCCGAGCUCCACACACCAGGGCGUGGAUCAGAUGUUUGCACUUGGCUCAGUGUGUUAUGAAUGUGGCACAGUAAAUACAGUUUGUGUACAAAAUAUUAGUUUAUUUCUAUGAGAGCAAUUAUGUUCGGGAUAUAUAAAAUGUAUCUAAUUAAACCAUUAUGAAUCUCUUUUGUGCUCUAGAAAUGUUCUUUGGGGGAAAAUUUGAGGGGGGAAUGUGUCCAUAGAGCUGAGGAAAAUGUCAUUUUGUUUUUGUGGGUGUUUUGCCCCCAAGGCUCCAUGGAUUUUAUGAAAGACUAUUAUCACACCAGGAUUCUGUCUUUGCUGAGUUUAUUUUGUAAAAUGUACACUUUGAAAGUUGUGCGUUGCGUGGCACUUUCUCAAGCAGAAACUAGCUCCAUCAGCAUCAUCCUCAGAACUCUUACUGAGACAGGAAGCCUUCUGGCAGCAUCUGCUUUCAGGAGAAUGGCGAGUUGUUUAAGAAGGAUGUGCCUUCAUUCUUCUAAACUGGGAUCUAAGAGAUGAACUGCCUUUAAAAUCGCUGUGGUGUGACAUGCCCCACACAUGAGUGGGUAGGGCUCUGGGCUACGGGCGACAGUUGUGGGAGAACUUGGUGUUGAACUCUUCCACUGGCUUCUCAAGGUCACAAACUUGUCUCUCUGACCUCUGGUCCUAACCAUGAAAGAGUGGACACCUGUUUCUAUUGUUUGGCACCACGUCGUUGCUUGUGAAACAUGCCAUGUUUGUGUUGAAUUUCAGUCAUUCAGUAUUAGAAACUACUUCGUUCCCUUUCCUCUUGAACAGUAUUCUUCACGAGUUAAAAUUUCCUUAUAAACAUAUAUUACUAGUUGCUUUCCAGGCUGGUAGGAAAAAGAAUAACAACAAGUUUCUGGUUUCCAUAAGUUUUGUUGCUAUUUAUACCUUCCUUCUAAAACAUGAGUUCAUUGUAUAUAAAAGAGUAUCAAAUCUUUGGUCUGAUAAUGUGGAGUCCUGCUUGGGAUCCACCUGCUCCUUCUACCUGUCAUGUAGACGGAGUGAGCAACUGAACUGUUAAAGUGCUCAAAACACUGUUCCUGCCGUGUGCCUGUUCUUUCUUGAUUUUUCAUCUUCAGGAAUAAAAGUGUUUGCUAUUAGAACUGUACCACCUGACAUUUGUUGGCUGCAGACACCAUGACACCACCAUGACAGUCACAGUAGUGACAUAUCCAUUAUCCCCAUAGGUUUUGGGGUGUGUAAUCUUUUCCUCCCCACUCAGAAGCAAUUCUUGGUCUGUUGUUAUUGUUGCUUUUUAAAAUUAAAGUUUGCAUACUUUUGUGUUUAUAGCAUAGAAGAUUGGGGUGUGGGGCAGCUGUAUACAUGCCUGCCAACUCCUCCCAUGCCUUUACCACUCAGUCGAGCUUCAACACAUUCCAAGAGAAGGUGACCCCACUCAAUUCUGGUUCUGGUAAACCAGUAGAAAUCAUAGAUUUGCUUAGAGGGCUAUUUUUUUUUCAUAUCAAAAUGACCAUGUAACAUAGAAGGGUAGUUUUCAGGCUUUGAGAGUACAGGGUUACUAUCAGGUUGGUGGGGGAUGAGGGGUUAGAUAGAGAAAGACCUCAAAGGCAUUGUCCUCUCUUGUGUGAUGAAAGAAGCUGACGAAGCUGUGGGACUCAAGCAACAGCUUUGGGAUGGUUGUUUGAUAAGGAUGAAGCUGGUGGAGGCAGAGACACUUCUGCAGGCCUGUUUGUUAUUCACUUCGCUUGUAUGUGACAUCUUACAAAGUAAACUUAACUUUAAGCUUAUAUACAAAACAUGAAAUUGUGCAUAUAAAUGAAGGGCCUAGUGACAUUUUCGAUCUGUGUAUAUGACAUGUCAUGUUCCAGGCAGACUAAGCAGUUCUGUCAUUUCUAACGUUCCCUAUCUGUCAAUGGUAGACACUUGCCUGUUCUUUUGGGAUUGUGAACUAUUCCAUGCAUCACUGUGUGCUCAUGAACAUUUGAAACUUCCAUUGUUCCCGAAGUGUGUGUCCUGCAUGCCCCCACUCCUCAUCUGGAAACAAAGAAUUAAUCUGGUUUUGUAAAGGAAACGGAAAGCAAGUGUCCUCGUACCUAGUGAUCUCCCACUGGGCAGGCCUAAAGCUCUUUCCUGUUGUCAUCACCCCAGAUCCUGUUACUGGAAGUAGGAAAGUUCCCAGAGGUUAUCUGAUACAGCAGGAGUUGUUUUAAAUGACGUCUUCUCACUGUGCUGCCUGGCCUUGCUUAGAGCCCACAGAAGUCUGCCUGCCUCUGACUCCUGAGUGCGGGGAUUAGCACUGUGUACCCCAUGCCCAGCAAACACAGCAUGAUCAGCAUUGGGCUCUGCAGCAGAAGGAAAGGAAAGAAUAGCAAAAAGGGAAGUGGGAUAUAGCAGGGGGGACAUUUGGUCUCCUAAGUGGUAAAGAUGUUUUUCAGGGGUGUGGGUAGAUCCCAGCUGGACCACAAGUCAUCUUGGAUGUUUGAUUUUGAUUCCUGAGUUCUCUGAAAACUCUGACUUGAGCUAAAAAGGCCCUCCGAUCCAUCCCCAGGGAAGUUUGAAGGACACGUGGGAUGAGACCUCCUCCCACCCCAAAAUGCUUUAUCCUUGUCUCAGCACCAGCUCUCUUUGUAGCUCUGAUAGUAGGUCUCUCGUGUUGGUGGGAAAGUCUUAUUCAAGGACCCAAACCAAGGCCUGGGGUGUCCAUCAGUGGCAGAACACCUGCCUGGCCCAUGCAAGUCCCUGGAUUCUGUCCCCAGCUGAGCACGAGUGUACACUUGGCAGGUGGGCAGAGCACACACAAGCACAUAGGUGAGAAUGCUGCUCUGUUGCUCUGUCGUUGUGAUGCCUGCCUAACAUCAGCAUGGUGGUAAGGAUGGCAGCACACUGAAAUCUAGAAGACGAUGGGUGUUAGCAUCCAAGUGCGUUGGUGGAGCAGCCUCAGCAGCCGGAUAAUCAGAAACUGACUCAAAAACUGGAACCCAUCCCUGCUUCAUCCAGGCCUGGUCUGCAUCUCUCAGGGGCUUCUCGGUGGACUGACAGGAUUCCUGGCUUGGAAGAAAGUUGAAGGGAAUUCCUUCCACAAAGCUGGGUCCUGAGAUCCCAGCGGACAAUCUCAGAGCAAAGGUAACAGCUCAGUCUUUACCUAGAUGGGCUUCCUCCCUGACGAGGGCUCCUGUUGGAAGAAACCCCAACCCAAAAUUGCUGUGCUUAUAUCCGAAGGCAUAAAGAUAGUGGCCCUGUACUGUUUAGAGAUUUGGUCACCUUCAGCGAGAAAAGCUAACUUACCGUUACAAAUAGAAUACCAACCAACGUCUAGCAGAAUAAAGAUCUCCUAACAAUGGUAAUUCAAGGGGGGAAAUCUAAAAAGAUUGUCUGUAACCACUCAGAAUAACAACCAUGCCUCUUCAGGCUGUAUACAAGAAUGUUACAUUUGGAACA